AAGCUAAAUAUAACAUAGACUCUAUGUUGCUGCCUUGAAUAGUAAGGGACUCACCCAAUCCACUUCCACCAUUCAAACUCUCCAUUUACUCUUCACAUUCUCCUCUUUUCCAUGGCCACGGUCGAAACCAAAAUAAAAGGCAUGGAAAUAGAAUAUCCAAAACCCAAAACCUCCCUUUCUCUAUGUUGCUUCGGAUCAUUUCACAGUAAAACUCCAACACGAUCUAAACAUAAGACAAAACAAGAGAGUGGAACCAGCAGCAGCUGGUUUCCAUGGCAAAGGAUUAGAUUUCGAGUGAAGAACUCAAUGGCCAAAACGGUGCCGCUUGAAGGCUCUGAAUUUGAUGAGACAGACAAGCUCAAACUCAAACUCAAAGCUAACAAAGUUCAUUCAUCAUGGUGUAAGUGGAAGUCAAAGUCAAAGUCAGACUUACUCAACAAGACUUUAAGCAACUCCAAACCCAGUCAAACACCUUCAAAGUCACGGCAAAACAGAGGAAACAACAUAGAGGGUGACAGGCGUCAACAAAGUAAGUCAUCAUCAUCUUCCAGAAAAGGUGUUCCACACGCGGUUUCUCUUCCAACUUCAAAAAAGCAGAAUUCUCAAACGACAUGGAAACACGGCAAGCACAAACAGCUUGAGAACGCAGAAAGGUAUAACUAUAACCCUGUGGCUGCUGCUGCUGCGUCUGUGGUUGUGAUAACUUUGGUAUCAAUGAUAGUGUGGGGUCGUUUCUGUUCCAUCAUUUGCACUUCCGCUUGGCUCUAUCUCAUCCUCCAAACGACAUGGACAAGAAGAGAGACAUCCCAAGAUAUCAUGUAGCAAUUUCACUUUAAAUCACCACAAAAGAUGGACAAGAAGAAAGUCAUCCUUUGUCAAUUUUGACAAAAAUCAAUUGCAUGUAUAUUGCAUGUAUUUCUAAAAUAAAUCUCGUCAACUAUCAAUAUUUUUUUGUUUAAGAUAAUGUAAGUCUUAAUUUCCCUUAAAAAAUGUA